UCUUUUCAUAAUGUUUCCACUGUAAAUAAAAAUAGGUGUAACAUAUUUCUUGGAGAAGUGAGAAAUUAACGUGCGACUCUAUUUUAAUCUCGCCGGCCGUCGCUGAUCGUCGAAAGGGUGGGCGGGAAUGGAGGCAACUUCGCACCGAUGUAUUGGUUGCCGCGUCGCAGGACGUGGGCGCGGGUGGCCCGCGCUCACGUGUCUCAGAACGUGCGGCCGACUUCUCGCGGCGGAGGAUCAAGUCGAGGCCGCGCCGCACCGGCGGCUCACUUCAGUUCGCGUGUAGAGACCCGCGAGCGUCGAGCUCGCAGUGUGUCCCGUCGUCGCGCGCCUCGAGCGAUCAACCGAGUUGCAAAUCGAAGAAUUCCUACUUCUUAUUUCCGCCUUUUCUCCGUCGAUCCUUCCUGAUCCACAAUCGAGAGCGAAGUGAAAGAUGAAUCGCGAACUCGACGGGAGUGCGCGGUGAGGGAGAGGGAAAGGGAGAAUCUCUUUUUUUUUCUUUUUCGAGAGGAAACCAUACUUUAGACGGGAAAAGAGAGGAAGCGCGCAGGAUGGAGGAGAAUGCCAAAGUGUCAGAUUCGGGAUACUCCAAUACUUGCAGCCAAUCGCAACGCAGUAGCGGUAGCUCAAACUCAAACUCGAGGAGUAAUCGUUCCGAAAGCAGUGGCUACUGUGGCAGACGUCCUUCGACCUUCGGAUCCAGCAAUGAGGCGUUACCACAGCCGAUUAGCAAGAAGAAGGAUAAGGAGCAUAGGAAGAAGAAGUCGAAAACGGUGACGGCGUGUAACGCUGCCGAAGCGGAAGUUGACCCAAAAACGGUGAACCCGCUGCCGGAAGUCGCAUCAUAUAACGCCGUUACGCCAGCGAACGUCGUACUUGACAAGAAACCAGGUUGGUUACGAUCUGCAAAAAAUCGGGAACGAGUGCACGCGAAUGGCUCACGGCUCUUGUUUCAUCGUACACGAGAUAAAAGUAAUAUAUGGGACAUCCGGUCGCAUAAACUGAAUGAGCGCAAGUCUGCGCUCUCGGAUCAUUUUCUUAGACUAUUAUUAAUUUAAAAAAAUCAAGAGACGAU